UUAGACAGUGACCGGGAACAAGCGAUGGCUCUUUCUUUCUCUUCUUGUUUCUUUUAUUUCUCCAUUGUCAUCAUUCUUGUUCUAUUCACAGCCAAAGCUGAAAUAAGAAAAAAAAACAAGCAACUUUCCCAACCUGUUCUGUUACUCUCGUCACCUUGACAUGGUAAACGUGACAGACAAGAAGGGUCUGAUCCUUGCAAGGAUUCCAGGAACCUCAGUUCCCCUUGCGCACACCAUUUUUGGCGGGUCCGCAUUCCUUCUUGCCUUAGCUAUCGGAUGCUAUGGCCACUACUACAAGAUUGUUAAGAAUGGCAUUGCCGGAUAUCCAGAUGAAUGGUUUCCAAGUGUAAGUGCCACAACUGGAGAUUGGUACCCUGAGCGUAAUAUUUGUCAGAUCUUUAUUGCUUUGACUUCUGGGCCUCGCCUACUAUUGUGCUACCUUUGGUAUCUUUUAACUGUUCGCAACGUCCCCGCUAAUGGUUCAAAGGGUUUCGCAAAGUUUCUUUUCAUAAACGACUUCAUCAGGACAGUCGCUUGUGGAGGAUGGGUCUAUAUCACAUCUUCAGAUGAUCACGACAUCCAUGACAUUGCCAUGAUCCUUUACCUGCUUUGCACUGUCCCUCAUGUCAUUGGGACUAUCAAGACCGCUCCUCAGAACCCCCAAUCUCUUCGCUACAGAAAAUUCUUUGCCUACAGCUUCUUUGGCGCAUUGAUUCCUAUGGUUCACUUCUUUAUUCAACAUAACGUCCAUCGCAUUCCUGGAGCUUACACCUAUUAUGCUUUCUUUGAAUGGUCGCUGAUUAUCUCGGAUCUCGCCUUUGAUGCUGUAUGCUUGAUUGACUUCCAGACUUUUGAGCUCCGUAUUGUGGAUGUGGGAUUGAAUGGCAAACAAGAAGACAGUGCCAAAGCUCUGAAUGGUCUCAAGACUUAUGGAGGAAACGGAGGCAUUAGUGCAAGCCUCGCAAGCAUCAAGCCUUUCGAAGUCAUUUCCUUUGCCGCCGAUGUCUACUUGGGCUUCGUCUUCUGGUCCAUGUUGACUGCACUUCCCUUGAUGAUCUGGUACUUCCCUUUGUGGCACAUGGGUAUCUCUGGAUAUGAGGCUUUCCUGUUCUGUAACCUCAUCUCUGUAUUGUUGGGAAUUAACUUCCUUCGCCGUGGAAUCGAGCGUGCCAAAGGCUUUGUUCAUUUGCUCUCGUUGAUCGGUGUUCUGUGCUACAAGGUCUCUGACCCUGCUCAUCGAUUGAUGGCUGUCGCUGCUGGCUCCUUAUUGUCUUUGGUCGCCUGGGCCGCCACUCUUUUUGGUCAGCGUCAUCAGAAUGGUCGCGCAGAGCGUGGUGUCUUGACUUUGGCUCUGGGAUUGAUCCUUCACAACGUAGUGAAGAUGGCAUGGUGGGCAAACAACCCUAUCUGGCCAAUCAUGAAUGAGAAUACCGGUGGUCAGAACAUGAUCGGGUUUGCUUUGGGCUUGUUAGCCUCGAUCCAGGUUAUGCUGCGCAAAGAACCCGGCUCGGAUGAACCUAAGACCAUCAAAGGGAACUACGGUGAGAACUGGCUAUUGGCUGCUCUUGGUUCUGGUGGCUACCUCUUCUGUCUUCACUCCAUGUUCACAGACUCGACCACCAUUAGCCGCUGGUCCUUGGGAGGAUACCCUAAUACUGGGCCUCAGCCCGUACCUGGUGGAAUGAUGGUAAUUGCUGCUAUGGCUGCAGGGCUUACUCUUUCAUCUAAACGCCGCUGGGUAACUUCGUUGAUCUGGUGGGCCAUCGGAGCAGCCGGGUUAGCUGUCUUGCACUUCAACGAAGGCGAUAUUGGAUUUGCUGGUGGAAUUGUUUUCACUGUCUACGCCCUUUCACUCUUCCCAUCAAUAGUUCAUUCACUGACUCGCCAGCCCCCAGGUCGCACUUUCUUUGUGGGCAUGCUGGUCUAUAAUAUUCUUGCCCUUGCACAUGUCUGGGUUGUCGCUUACGCGUUUGUCCCUGGUGGUGAAGUUCUGCGAGAGCGCACAGACUAUGUUUUGAUCGCCAUGCAGACCUGUAUCCUACUUGGUGUCUUCAACUCUAACUCUAGUGCCUGGGAUGUUCCCUUAGAGACCCAUGCCCGAUCUCCAUUCUCCGUGGCUCGCUUAUACAGUAAGCUUACAUUAGUAGGUUUGGUUCUGGCUUCGGUCGGCAUCUGCUAUAAGCGUUUGCCAAAGUCUUCGCCUCAGCCCUAUCAUCCUGAACACAAACUGAUCACGGCUGGUAUCUGGACCAUUCAUUUUGCGAUCGACAAUGACAUGUACAACAGUGAGAUCCGUAUGCGUGAUGUCAUUAGAGACUUGGAGCUAGACGUCAUUGGUUUGUUAGAGUCAGAUCUGCAGCGCAUCAUCAUGGGCAAUCGUGACCUGACUCAGUUCUUGGCCGAGGAUCUAAACAUGUACGCGGACUAUGGCCCAGGUCCCACGAAGCACACCUGGGGAUGCUCCAUGCUCUCCAAAUUUCCAAUCAAGCGUUCAUCUCACCAUUUGUUGCCAUCGCCUAAGGGAGAGCUGGCUUGUGCGAUCCACGCUACAUUGGAUGUCUAUGGCAAAGAAGUAGAUGUUAUUGUCUCUCAUAAUGGUCAAGAGGAAGAUUUGCUGGAUCGUCAGCUCCAGACCACGGAAUUGGGUCGUAUCAUGCGUGAAUCCGACAAUCCUUUCCUGUUCUUGGGUUAUGUUGUGACUCGCCCAGGUCAAGGUCAAGAAAUCUAUGAGCUUUUGAUGGAUGGUGGUCAUGUUCACGAUAUUGAGGUCUCCGACUGGGAUCGAUGGUGUCAAUACCUUGCUUUCCGUGGCGUCAAGCGCGUCGGCUACGCUCGCGUCUCCCAUGGAGGGAUUACUGACACAGAAAUCCAAGUCGGCAAGUACACACUGUUGGAGGACCACCCUACCUCAUGGGAUAAGAGCCAGUCGAUUGAGGAGUUCAGGAAAGAGGAAACCUAUGUCAAGAUCCCAGAAGACCAAGUUCCUGAGGGCUUGCGCUUCCCAUCCAUGUUUUAUGGUGCGGGCAUUCGCAAGCACCGUUUCCACGUCUUUGAUCGUCCUUACUACUAUGCAUAAAGCUAUAUUCCUUUCUUUGGAUCGUUGGGUUAGUUAGUUUAUUACCAUUAUAAAAAGCAAAUAUUCAAAAUAUCAUUUAGAAAACAAG